AUGUGUAUGGCUGGCCUUAGUCACAUAUGUUUUUAACAAUUUUUGAGAACAUGACACAGUAGCUCCAGAAGGGGAACACCCUUAUUGAUUUUAAACAGGAAUGUUUCCACUCCCAGAGAAGCAAGAUUCAAAACUAAAAGAUGAGGUAUAUUUGACAGUUACUUUUUUCCUUUUAUAUAGUUUGUCCAUUUGGAUACAUUAGCAGUUUUUAUUUUGUGUACUAUGCACUGGCUUUUUAAUUUAUGUUUCUAAUUAUUUUAUGAUUUCUACUUGUGGUGGAUUUUUGUUUAUUUGUAUAGAUCUUUAGCACAACCUCUGCAGAGGUCUAUUGUAUUAGAAGUGUGCACAAGGCAGCCGGCAAGUGGAGGCUGUGCCAUUCUUUUUAUUCUUGGCCAAACUGAAUGUUGCUAGACCUUGAUCUUCUCAGGUUUCCAAGACUGCUCAUCAUAACUCGUGCUUCAUUUGUUGCAAUCAUUGUGAGGUCAAGGACGCUCAUGGGCCAGCACAAGUGUUAACAAACAGUGAUGAGUCUCCAGUGAUGGUCCCAGCAAAAAUGAGCCAGCGGCAGGCUAAAGACGCAUAUCUGUCUCCAACCAAAGACCUGGUCCAGGCUACACUAAGCCCCAGCAUCAUCCACAGUCAUGGUUUUGACAGAGGAAAGGAUGAAGUCUUGCAAAGCAAAGAUGACUCCUCACCCUCUAUGUCCAAAAGCAAGUCAGAGUCUAAAUUAUACAAUGGAUCUGAAAAGGACAUCGCUGCGGCCUCCAGCAAACUUACAAAAAAAGAGUCUCUUAAGGUCCAAAAGAAAAAUUAUAGGGAGGAGAAAAAGAGGGCUACGAAAGAGUUGCUCAGCACCAUCACAGACCCUUCUGUUAUUGUCAUGUCAGACUGGUUGAAGAUUAGAGGAACGUUAAAAAGCUGGACAAAACUGUGGUGUGUACUAAAACCAGGAGUCCUUUUAAUCUACAAAACCCCCAAAAAUGGACAGUGGGUAGGCACAGUGCUGUUGAAUGCGUGUGAGAUCAUUGAGAGGCCCUCAAAGAAGGAUGGCUUCUGCUUUAAACUCUUCCACCCUCUGGAGCAAUCUAUCUGGGCUGUUAAGGGUCCUAAAGGUGAAGGAGUAGGAUCCAUUACUCAGCCCCUUCCAAGCAGUUACUUGAUUAUUCGAGCUGCCUCAGAGUCAGAUGGAAGGUGCUGGAUGGACGCUCUAGAACUGGCUCUAAAGUGCUCCAGUCUGUUGAAGCGCACCAUGAUCCGGGAAGGUAAAGAGCAUGACCUGAAUUCCUCUGGUGAGAAUAGCCAUGUCAACUUCUAUGGCCUUCUGAGGGCAAACAACGUCCACAGCAAUGAGAACUUCCAGUUGAAUGACAGUGAAAUUGAAAGGCAGCACUUUAAAGACCAAGACACCUAUUCAGAUAAAUCUGAUAAGGAGAAUGAUCACGACCAUGAGGAGUCUGACAACGAUGGACUUGGUAAAAGUGAGGAGAGUGACAGUGACACUUCAGAAAGACAGGAUGACUCUUUCAUUGAUCUUGAACCUUCUGAUCUCAUUAAGGAAACCACAUACAUAGAAGAAGCACAUGAAGAGUUGGGCGAGGCUGGCGAGGCAUCGCAAACAGAAACUGUGUCAGAAGAACACAAGAGUCUGAUCUGGACAUUACUAAAACAGGUUCGGCCAGGAAUGGACUUGUCCAAAGUGGUUCUUCCUACCUUCAUACUGGAGCCCCGCUCUUUCCUAGACAAGCUGUCUGACUAUUAUUAUCAUGCCGACUUUUUGUCUGAGGCGGCUUUAGAAGAGAAUGCAUAUAGUCGAAUGAAGAAAGUCGUCAAGUGGUAUCUUUCAGGAUUCUACAAGAAACCAAAGGGCCUGAAGAAACCAUACAACCCUAUUAUUGGAGAAACCUUUCGCUGCUUGUGGAUACAUCCGAAAACCAGCAGCAAGACCUUUUACAUUGCUGAGCAGGUUUCCCAUCAUCCACCUGUCUCUGCCUUUUAUGUCAGCAACCGAAAAGAUGGAUUUUGUCUUAGUGGGAGUAUUCUGGCCAAAUCCAAAUUUUAUGGUAAUUCAUUGUCUGCUAUCCUGGAAGGAGAAGGAAGACUGACAUUCCUCAACAGAGGAGAGGACUAUACCAUGACCAUGCCAUAUGCCCAUUGUAAAGGCAUCUUAUAUGGCACAAUGACACUUGAGCUUGGUGGUAGUGUCACCAUUACAUGUGAGAAAACAGGUUACAGUGCCGUCCUCGAGUUUAAACUUAAGCCGUUUCUUGGAAAUGAUGAUAGUGUUAAUCAAAUAUCAGGGAAAAUUAAACUGGGAAAGGAGGUCCUGGCAACUCUGGAAGGUCACUGGGACAGUGAAGUCUAUAUUCAUGAUAAGAAGACAGAUGUGUAUGAGACCUUCUGGAACCCUACACAUGAGAUUAGGCAGCGCAGAUUGACCCGUUGUACAGUUCUGCGUGAUGAGCAGGGAGAAUUUGAAUCUGAAAGGCUCUGGCAGCAUGUUACAAGGGCAAUCAAUAACAAAGAUCAGACAGAAGCCACUCAGGAGAAGUUUGUUUUAGAGGAAGCUCAGAGGAAAGCCGCCAAAGAGAGGAAGACAAAGGGAGAGGAGUGGACCUGCCAUCUCUUUGAACAGGAGCCAAUCUCUGGAGACUGGCAAUACAAAUAUGCGGAUACCCGACCAUGGGACCCCCUUAACGACCUGGUUCAGUUUGAAAAAGAUGGUGCCGUCCAGACAAAAGUCAGGCAUAGGACUCCAAUGGUACGUUCGGGGAGUGUAAUUAGUCUCAAUAACCAAGGGGCAAAGCGGGACAAAUGCAAUUAUCAGGUUUGUGUUCCAAAGCUGAAACACAAAUCAAAUGGGCAGCAGAAGAAAGGAGAAAGCGGGUGCUCCUCUCCAGAGCUGGAUAAUCAGGACUCCUCUGGCAGUGAAGCACAUGUUUUGACUCACAGCAGUAGAAGCAGAAAGAAGGGGACAGAUCAUGGAGAACUACAAAGUGCCAUAGAAUCCAUCAAGAAAACACAAGAAGAAAUCAACAGGAACAUCAUCGCUCUCCGUAAUCGUGUAACUACAAAUGCCUCACACUCAGAAAGUAGUUUUCUUCAGCAAAGAGACUAUUGUAUUAUUAUCUUCCUGAUUUUUCUUCAGAUUGCCAUUAACUAUUUGUUCAAGUAGAAGAAAGUGACUCGCAUAGGUGUCGAGUCUGGAACUUUCGCUGUUGGAUUGGGACCACUUUUUGCCUGCCUGGCAUUUCAGUGCUUUUUAUGCCCGCCACGAUGAAGGUCAGAUGAUUUGGGCUUUUAGGUGCAAUAUUAUUCAUCUUCUUAAACUAGUGGCCCUCGACUCUGGAGUCUUGUACAGCUUGUCACAUCUGUCCACAUCAGCAGUAGAACAAGUAUGAAAGUGCCCGCACUAUAUACCUAGCUGUCUUAUUGUAUUCGCAGUGGGGAUAAUUUGUGUUUUACAUCACACCAUUCGGUAAAGUCCAAGUUACACGUGUGUAUGAGCACAUUUGUAAGUAUGUUGCUUGCUGUCAUGUGCAGGUUUUUACAUCGAUAUUGAACUACAGAUUGCUUGAACAUUCUGACUUGAAAUUACAGCCUGGAAAACAAAGGUCUUGGUAAAUAAGGUCUAUGGCAAAUAUCACUGCUGCACCAAAUAUGUUUAAAUCGCACACAAUUUUUGGUGUGCUUUUUAAACCAAAGCCAAAAGUGGAUUCCAAAGGAAUGGGGAAAUUCAAAGAAUAGACUUCUGCUUUUAGCUUAGUCCACUUUUGUCAUUGGCUCAAAAGACCUGGAUCAAAAACUGUUCCUGAAACCACAUCAAAAGCUGUAUGUGUGUACUCGGUCUUAAGAAGACUAUCUACCUAAUGCAGCAAAGCCAUCAGAGCCAAGUAUGCUGUCUCAAUCACACAACCAGGUUAAGGAUGCGUGGGUAAUAUUGAUGAAGUAUUCCACCAGGCAAGCCCCACCAGGUCAAUUUACUGCAUUUCAAGGCCAGCUUGCUUCAAUGAGCUGUAGCUACAUUUGGCUGCAAGGGACUCUACUAUUGAUUUACAUUGGUUAUAUAGCCAGAAAUGUAAUUUAUUAAGUAUUUAGUAAUACAUCUUCAUAUUUUUCAACUCAUAUUUUUUAGUCUUUGCAGUGUAUGAAAAAAUCAGUAAAUGCUGCUGAUGGAUCUUAUUAUUCUUACUAUGGCUUAUGUGAUACCCUAUGUGACAUCCUGGCUCAUUACUACAUAUAUACUAGAUGUUUAUUAAGCCCUUGUGGACCAGGGCUGGUCCACAUACAUCUCUGCAGAGAUAGAGAUGAGCGGCCUGUCAGAGGAGACAUCCAGACGCCCCUUCCAAACCUGCCUUCCUGAACACUGGCUACAUGGCUUUCAGUGACUGCCAUGUAUCCAUUGAUCAGAAAGUAGCAGUGGCAGGUACUGCUCCAGUCUUAGUGAUCACUGGAUAGCUUCUCUAAAAUAGAUCAGAUCAAGAACUAGAAUCUAAUUAUGGCCCAUCUCUGGAGCCUGCAUUUCCGAUGGAAUUGGGGCUAAUAAGUUAGUGCCGGUUACAGGGGAAAUCAGGAUU